AUGUCUUCCUUCUCUGUUUCCAAUUUAUCUUCCUGGACCGAAGAGUUUUCUCAAGAUUUGAACACCAAGUUGGGUGCGUCUGUCUUGACCAACUACAACGCUGAAGAGGCCUUAAUUGAUCGUGCUACAGCUAUCAAAAAUACGACAAAUGUAUUCAACACCAGCGUGUCGGUCGAAGGAGCCCCAGUGACAAACCAAAGAUCCAGUGGAAGAUGCUGGCUUUUCGCUAGUGGAAACGUUUUGCGUCUUCCGCUUAUGGAGAAACUCUCGUUGAAGGAAUUCCAGUUCUCUCAAUCGUACUGGUUCUUCUACGACAAAUUGGAAAAAUGUAACUUUUUCCUCGAGAAGUUCGUGGAGAAUAUUGAUUCUUCGCCAGAAGAAGGUGUUGAGUCCAGACUCAAUGACUUUUUGUUGACGGAUCCAACCUGUGAUGGAGGUCAGUUUGAGAUGUUCAUCAAUGUUGCUGAAAAGUAUGGUAUGAUCCCACACGAGCUUUACCCUGAUGCAUACUCUGCUACAGCUUCGAGAACUUUGAAUUUCCUCCUCAAGACUAAGUUGAGAGAGUACGCUGAGACAUUGAGAGAGGCUAAAAGAGGCAAUGCUAGCCAAUUGCCUAAAUUGAGAGAGGAGAUGCAAAAGGAGCUUUACAGAAUUAUGGUGAUGUUCUUGGGACAACCUCCUCUUCCAACAGAUGAAUUGGUUUGGGAAUACAAGACUAAAAACGAUGAGGUCAAGAGCAUGAAGUUGACUCCAAUGCUGUUCUACAAGGAGACUCUUGGGUUAGAUUUGACCCAAUGGGUAUCACUUUUGAACGACCCUCGUAACCCAUAUGAUACCAUAAUUAACAUUGACAAGUUGGGAAAUGUCGUUGGAGGAAAAGAAGUGUCUUACUUGAAUGUAGCGAUUGAUGACUUGGCACAGUACGCUGUGGAGAGAAUCAAGUCCAAUAAUGCUGUUUUCUUUGGAACCCACACUCCUAUCUACAUGGAUAAAAAGAGAGGUAUCAUGGACGAGAAACUAUACAACUACCACCUCGUUAAUUUCAAUGUUACUCAAGACAAGGCUUCUCGUAUCAAGUAUAAGCAGUCUCUUAUGACACACGCUAUGGUCUUGACUGCUGUUCAUUUGGACGAAAAUGGAUCUCCUAUCAGAUGGAGAGUUGAAAAUUCAUGGGGCAAAGAUUCUGGCCAGAAUGGUUACUAUGUGAUGGACCACCAAUAUUUCAAAGACUAUGUUUACCAAAUUGUCGUGAGCAAGCACGAAUUACAGAACCAUCACGUCAAAAUUUUUGAAGACAAAGCAAACGCAGUGGUCUUGCCACCAUGGGACCCAAUGGGCGCCCUUGCAAUCUUACCUUAG